AUGUCGGUGACACCAAGAGAUCUAUAUGCCAUUCAACCUGGAGCGCGCAUUCUAGUGACAGGUGCCAAUGGCUAUAUCGGCUCACACGUUGUCGACGUUCUACUGUCCCUGGGCUACCUUGUUCGAGGUACCGUACGCGCAGAAAAGCCGUGGCUCAAUGAGUUCUUUGACUCGAAGUAUGGUUCCGGUCAAUUCGAGACCGUGAUCGUUCCUGAACUAGAUGACAAGGACGCUCUAGUCACGGCCUUGAAGGGUGUUAGCGGCAUUGCCCAUGUUGCUACAGACGUCUCAUUUGAUCCCGACGCCAAAAAGGUCAUCACUAAUGUCGUCUCGGCUACGGAGGCUGUCUUGAAGGCUGCUGCAGAAUCGUCGGUGAAGAGAGUGGUUCUCACCUCGUCAUCUUCAUCGGCAUUACUGCCACAGCCUGGUGUGGAUGGCAUAGUAGUGACGGAGGAUACCUGGAAUGAUGCUGCCGUCAAAGCGGCAUGGGAUGAAAACACCCCUGCAGAUGUAAAGCCCUUCGCUGUCUACGCAGCUUCUAAGACGGAGGGUGAACGCGCCGCUUGGAGAUGGAUUGAAGAGAAUAAGCCAGAUUUUACCUUCAACUCAGUACUUCCCAACUUCGCUAUCGGAAGGAUCCUUCAUCCUGAGAUACCCGGCUCAACUAUGAAAUGGGCCCUCGAUUUAUUGCGAGGAAAUGACGGGGUUUUGAAACUUCUACCUCCCCAAUGGCACAUUAAUGUCCAAGAUGUUGCCCGUAUCCACGCUGUUGCUUUGCUUGAGCCGAAUGUCAAGUCCGAGCGUCUAUUCGCAUUCGCAGCUCCAUUCACAUGGACUGGAGUAAUCGAAAUUUUUCAGAAACUUCGUCCGUCAAUUAAAACGCUCGUUAAUCCACCAGAAAACGAACUUCCUGAUCUAAGUGACAUUGUGCCUUCUAAGAGGGCGGAAAGUCUGCUAAGGUCCUUCUUUGGGCAGUCUGGUUGGAUAGGGCUGGAGCAAUCAUUAAGAGAUGGAAUUGAUAGUGUCAACUUAUAA